ACAGUCCCGGCGCGGCCACCUGGGGGUGCGGACGUGUGCGCGACCGGUCCCGCCCCGCGGCAUGGCGCUGUGCUGAGCGUGUGGGCACCCGGCCCGGCCGAGCGAGGGCAUAGUCAGCGCGGUGGCUCAGCAUUCUCGAACAUGUCGCGAAACAGUGGAAGUGGUGCGAAAAACAGAAAGCAAUCCUCAGUGCCUGAAAUGGUGCGCAAUUUGGACGCUAUAACUGGGGCAGGUAAGCGGCCGCGAGUGGCUGACACUCAGUCGCCGCCCCAACCGCCCGCGCCCGUGAGAGAAGAUUUUCGCGCCCUACGCACCAUGUUCCGAGAGGAGAUGGAAUCGUUUCGCAAAAGCUCAGAAGAGUCAUUAACAGAGCUGAAAGGUCUGAUUGAAGAAAGAGUUACGAAUUUGGCGUCUUUAAUCCAGUCAAAGUGGCAAUGCUAUGAGGAAAGACUUUCGGAGCUGGAAAAGCACGUAGAAGAGAAGGAUGAGGAAAGCGAAGCACUGAGGGUGAAAGUAAAGGAACGAGACGAAGAUAUCGUUGCCUUAUUGGCGAAAGUGGAUGAGUUAGAGGCGAGAUCCCGUCGGAACACUCUCGUGUUUUCCGGACCGGCCAUUCCCCGGCGACCGGACGGACGCUCGCGGGCGCCCGGGGCGCCCCCGAGUCACGUGCCCGGCUGUGACGGCCGGCCGGGGUCAGCGGGCGCGGCCGGUGGCCCCGGACCGGGUGACGUCGCUCCGACUCCAGAUGACGUCACCGACACCGAGACCGCCUCUCGGCCCGAGCGGGCGGCAGCAGCGGAGAGGAGCGAGGCGACCUUGACCUCGCCGGGAGAGGAGUCAGCUGACCGGCGGCGGGGCGCGGCCUCGGGCCCGGCACCGUCCGGUGGGACGGGUUCCCGCCCCGCCGCUGGCGCUGAGAGUGAGGACAUCGAGGCUGUCUUGAUAGAGGUGAUUAAAAACAACCUCGGGAUUCAGAGGCCGAGAUGGAGGCUCCUCCAGCGGAAGACGCGCCGCCGGCUGACGACGCGCUGGUGAACGGCGAGGUGCCUCCCCCUCUGGACGACUUCGAUUUCGACCGGCCCCAGCAGAUCGAAAAGAAAAAGUCGCCCUACCCCGUCUUCUGGAACCGGCCCAAGGCCAAGAUGUAUCGCAUGAACUUCGACUACGGCGAGACCUACUACAGCAACAUGAUGGCCUACCUCAACAGCAAAUCGACCAGUCUGUCCAGGAACCACGUUCAGCCGCCCAAGGCGCAGUCGUGGGCGGAGCGGGCGCACAACUCGGCCAGUCUACGCUACCCGCGCCAGGAGGCCGACCUCAGCUCCAUGCUGGCCUCGGUGCGCUCCAACAUCCGAAACUACGACAUGCACCACCGACAGUACACCUCCAAAGUGCAGUCUCUGUACGGCGCCAAGGUGCUCUGAGCGGGCGCGGCGCGGCGGCCGGGUGUCAGCGGCGGCCCCAUCCAGCCGCGUCUGUCUGUGGAGCCGUGCUGGCGGUCCGCGGAGAGUGACGUGGGGUGGAGGGCCUGUGAGAAUACUGCUGCAUCGAGACGCAAGGUGCCGUGUCCUUGUGUUUUAGCGUUAUUUGGUUGGCCUUGUGAGGAGAAAACAGUCUUUGCAUGGCCAUACGUCACGCGAUCAAAUGUGAAAUGAAACAUGUCCCGCUCAUCCUGUUAUUUGGAGGUAUAAAUAUUGUUUGUACCAAACGCUGUUUUGAGCUUCUCUUGGCGAAGCCUGUCGCGCACCUGAGACGCGAACCUACAUAUAACUCCUCUCGUUUUUGUCCUUCAGCUCAAGUGGAAGUCCUCUUCAUCUGCGAAAUUCAUACUGCUUCAGUCGAACUUAAACUUUUAUCCUCGCUAACAGUCCGAUACCAUAUGUUUUUGCAAUCUUGUAUUUCCUCAUUAAAAGGACUUUCCUUGCGUCAUAGUCCUUUUAUGCGCGGGGAAGGAUGAUGAUAUUACGCCCGAUGUAUCAACGGCUGUCAUGUUUAUUUCCAAACUUCCUCUGAUGCUGUCAUCACAACUAUACUAAUAAAAUGCUACAAGUAG